AUGCGACGGCCGGCGACACGCUCGGUCCUUGCCUUCCGCCCUUCCAGAACUCCGGCUCGGUCAUUCAAUGCGCCAUGGUCUCGAUUUGCCAGCAGCCAACAUAAACCUCAACCGGGCUCAUCGCAAUGGGUUCGCAACUCCCUUGCAUUUGCAGUGACAGGAACCGCGGCUGUCUUGGGCUACUCUUAUAUGACAGAUGGAAAGACAGCUUGGACUGGUACUCCGGAGCCAGCGAAGAAGGAAGUCAUCGACGUCAAUGAUCUCCGUGCUCAAUUUGUUCAAGAAAAGCGAAGCCUUAAAAGCCCCGCAGUCUACACGUGGGGCUCCAACGUGUACCGCGUGGUAGACCCUGGAUCUAAAGACACCGAUGUCAAGGUCCCGCGACGAUUCAAGUACUUCAAUGGCCAAGUGCUGAGAGACCUCAAGAUUGAGGAAAAGUCCGGCGCUGCAAUUACUGAAAAGGGAGAUUUGGUGCAAUGGGGCCAUGGCUUUUCGGAGACGGAAUACAAGCCCACUGAGACUCUGACCGGCAAAAACCUCACCUCGCUUACUCUAUCCGAAAGCCGAGUCAUUGCGCUUUCCUCCGAUGGAACUGUAUACUCCUUGCCGACAUCCAAGGAUGAACAAGCAGGUGGCCCGAAGGCACCGGAGAGCUCAUGGGUCCCAUAUUGGGCCAAUAAAUCUAAGUUGAGCUACCGUGUGCUGACACCAUCUUUGAAGCUUGGUGAACGGGUCACCGCAAUCAGCGGUGGACAAGAACAUGUACUUCUUCUCACAAGCUACGGUCGAGUGUUUUCGGCGGCAUCUUCUACUGAAAACUACCCUUCCCUUGGCCAACUUGGUGUUGAGGGACUCAGAUGGUCAACCAGGCCUAAGGGACCCGCGGACUUUUGCCAUGAAAUCACUGCCCUCAAGGGCUCUAAGAUUGUCCAAGUUGCGACUGGAGAUUACCACUCUCUUGCCUUGAGCAAAGACGGUCAGGUAUUCGCAUUUGGCGAUAAUUCCCUCGGUCAAUUGGGUGUGGACUGGGACGUAGAGCGAUCUUUCCGGGAUGUUCCUUUCGCUCUGGACGUGCAAAAACUAUAUAAGAAGGACUCAUGUCUGCCAAAGGUCACUAGCAUUGCUGCCGGUGGUGCGAACACCUUUUUCACUGUUGAUGCCAAGCGUGUUUUGGGACCUAAGGAAGACCCUGCUGAUGCCCGCGAUCUGGGAAUGGUCUUCGCAGAUACAUGGUCUUGUGGCCGGGGAAUCUGGGGUACUCUCGGCAAUGGGAAAUGGAUUCACAUGCAAGAUGCGCCCGUCAAAGUAAAGGCUUUGAGCGGCAUGAGCGAGUUCGACGAAAAGAAGAAUCAAAUUUCGCCCAUUCGUCUCCGGGAUAUGUCUGUCGGUACUACUCAUGUCUCGGCUGUGCUUGACAACAAGACCAAUAUCAGCCAGACAGCCAAGGACACCCUAGAUCAGUCCAAGGACUGGGGAUAUGAUGUGCUGUGGUGGGGAGGAAACGAGCAUUUCCAGCUCGGCACAGGCAAACGCAGCAACCAGUGCAAGCCAGCACAUAUCAAUGCUCCUCCUGAAUCCAAGAAAACUCAGGCAGAGGCGCGAUUGCAGAUCAUCCCUCGUCACAAAGGCAAGGUUGGCAAGCGCAAUGUGAGUAUGGAGCAAAAGGUUGAGUGUGGACGUCACGUCUCUGCCAUUUACUCUGCUGUAUAA